CAAUGUCCGACGAAGGUAAACUUUUCAUCGGAGGCUUGAGCUUCGACACCGACGAAGACUCUCUGGCCGCCGCCUUCGGCAAAUACGGCAGCAUCGAGAAGGUGGACGUGAUUCGGGACCGGGAGACCGGGAGAUCCCGCGGCUUCGGCUUCGUCAAAUACGACAACGUGGACAACGCUAAAGACGCGCUGGACGCCAUGAACGGACAGACCCUGGACGGCCGCUCCAUCCGAGUGGACGAGGCGGGGAAGAGCCGCGGCGGAUUCAGCGGAGGACGCGGCGGGAGGGGAGGCGGCGGCCAUGGCUUCUCCAGAGGUGGAUACAGCGACGGUGGCGGCUAUGGCGGAAGAAGCUACGGUGACAGGAGCUACGGCGGCAGCGACAUGAGUUACGGCGGUGGCAGCGGUGGCGGCAACAGAAGCGGCGGAUAUUCAUCCGGCUACAGAGACGACCGCCAGGGAGGCUACGGUGGUGGGCGCUCCGGCUCCAGAGGCGGAUACGACGAGUAAACAUCUCCCCGAUUCAAGAUCAUCACCUGGCUGGAUGUAUAUGAAAGAUGCGCACCUCAAGAAAAAUGUCCACGUCAAGAAUAUUUUCAGAAGAUUUUUAAGCUUCUGUGAAACCUGUAAAAGUCCCAUUUUUGCGAAUACGAAUACAGCAGCCUUCCAAAUAGUUCACUGAUGGACAAUUUAAAUGCUUGCUGAAUUCUCACUUCCCCCCACAUUCCUUUUAACAAUGAGAGUUGAUGGGACUACUUUUUUUUU